CUGUAACUAUUAGUUAAUGCUAGUCAACUGUGGCUUAAUGCUAACGUUAGCUAUCAGGCUAACGUCGGCUAGGAUAACCGCAGCUAAUCAAAAAACACCGGCGUGAGAAGAUGGCCUCGGGUGUCUUCACGGCCUUGUCCAAAGGUGAUCCCUUACCUCUGGCGUCGCUGCGCCUCCUUGUCCCUCCUCUCCAGCUUAUGACAACCUCCAUGUGGCAGGUUCUGAAGACACAAGAUAUCAUGAACUACUGGAAGGUGGCAGAGUUCGUCUCUUUGGUGAUGGACAUGGUCCCAGAGCUGCUAAUGUAUAAGCACAGGAUGCAACUUAACCUGGGAUUAAGAGCCAGGUAUAUUCUAGAGUUGUGUCGAAGUGAACAGCGCGUGGAACCUGAUUUCAUCCUGUCUCAUCUGGAGAAGAUGAAACCCACCCUGGUGGAUAUAAAAGAAUCAGAAGAGGAAGUAGCAGUUAACUUUCUUGAGCUGAUCCAGACUCUGCUCAAAGAUCCCGAAGAGAGACGAGAGUUUUUCUUGGAGGUCUUCCCUGCUGAGUAUGGACCUCAGUAUGACAGUGAUUUGCAGACGCUGUUUUCUGAGUUCCUCUUUAGGCUGGCUCAGCUGUUGCCAGUUCCCGACCUUGAGCAGACUGUUUCCUGGCUUGGGGCUGAACGCUCUGUGUUGGAGGAGUGUGUGCAUUCAGUCUCUGAACCUACAGACCUGAAAAUUUUGCUCCAGCACCACCAACACCGUGGGCAUUUAGAGCAGCAUGUUCCACCUUCCAGCAUGGGCAACAGCAUCCUCUCCUCCCUCUCUGCAGUUUCCCCUAGCAGAGUGGCAAAACCUACAGAACAGCCCAACCAAUCAGAUCCACUGCCAGGCCUCAGUGAGGACACACACACUGUGUCAUUCGUGGAUGACGUAGCAGUUGAAAUAAUCACAGUGACCGAUUACGCAGAGGUUGAAUUAGGCACAAGCACCGACAUCGAGGUGGUGAUGGGAGAAACCUGCUGUGAAGGACCAGACACCAGCAUAGGGGCUGAGGACUCGCUGGUAGUGCUUCCUGAUGCGAUAACCAGGGAAGAAGAAAAAGCGGCAAGUGGUUCGACAAACAUCAUCCUUCCAGAAGCUAACCAGGACGACUUUGCAGCCUCCCAACACAAAACCUGCGUUGGACCUCACGACUGCCCGGACUGCGAGAAGAAGUUUAAGUUUGCCUCUUCGCUAAUCGCCCACAGGGUCAUCCACACUGGUGAACGCCCACACCGCUGCAAUGACUGUGGUCGCUGCUUCUCUUUCAGGCAGUCCCUCGACAGACACAGACACACACACAAAACCGGCCGCAAGUACAACUGCAUCAUCUGCGGGGCGACCUUCCACUCCCUGUCAGCCCGCACAGAGCACAAGCAAACACACAUGGAAGAUGGCGUUUACACGUGCCAUCAGUGCAAUAAGAAAUUUAACUGGGAGCUGGCACUCGCGAGGCACCUUAAAACUCACACUGAGGAUCUCAACGCAAACCAGCCUACAGAGAGCCUUAAGGAUGGACAAGAGGUUGAUGUGGGUGAUGAAAGUGUCAGCGAGGCUCCUGCUGCUCUUGCUGAACCUGACAGCCAGGUGCAGGAUGAUAAUGGUGAUGGCGAUCCGGAGAAUGUGGAAGGUCAGAGCGGUGAGCGCCCCGCCUCUGAGCCUGAAGGCACGGCCUCUAAACUUGACAACAGAGUCAUUUCCUUGGUGAAGGUCCGCACAAGUGGGCGCAAACGCAAACCGACCAUGAAGAUCCAGGUGAUAAAUUUACAGAGGCGCAUGGCCACUAAAAGAAGAAAGGAGAUCACCAAGGCGAGCCCUGCAGAGCUGAAGCCUUUGCCUUUCAACUGUGCAGAGCACUCUUAUGGGUCAUCCAUUGUCUCAUCAAAGGAUGGUGAGGAAAGUUCUGUAGCAGAUGGCUCAUCAGCUGCUUUCUCCUGUCCAAAGUGCUCCUUCCACCACUCAGAAGAAGCACAGGUCCAGCAGCACAUUGACAAGGUGCACUCUGUUGAGGCUGAGGAUGACAAGCUGUCCCUUCAGCCCCUCGCAGAUGAGGAGGGACGUUUUAGCUGUGCAGACUGUGAGAAGAGCUUCAAGUUCCAGUCCUUACUAAAAGCCCACCAACGCAUCCACACAGGUGAGCAGCCCUUCCUGUGUUCUCAGUGCGGGCGGCGGUUCUCCUUCAAACAGUCACUGGAGCGGCACAAGCAGACGCACAAGUCCGGGCGCAAGUACGAGUGCCUGAUCUGCGGGGAGUUCUUCAAGUCCCUGGUGGCUCAGAGGGAGCACAAGAGCACCCACAUGGAGAACGGCGAAUACCUGUGUUCGGAGUGCGGCCGAGCGUUUGCCUGGAAGUCGGCACUGGUGAGACACCUGAAGACCCACAGCGAAGACACUGACAAGGUGGAGCGUUCCUACAAAUGCCCUCGCUGUGACCUGGGCUUCAGCUGUGCCAGCUACCUCAACAGGCACCUGCAGACUCACCAAGAAGAGAGAGUGCACUCCUGCAACUGCGGAAAGAGCUUCGCCUACCGGGCAGCUCUCACCGCACAUCAGCGCAUCCAUCAAAAGGAGCGGCCGCACAUAUGUCCACAGUGCGGGAAGGGAUUCCUCUACAAGGGGGGUUUGCUGAGCCACAUGAAGAUCCACUCUGAGGAAAUGCCCUUCAUGUGCGCCUUCUGCGGUAAGAGCUUCAAGAGGGAACGUAACAUGAAGAAGCACGAGCGGUGCCACACCAGGGAAAACGUUUUCAGCUGCUCGCAAUGCGACAAGAGUUUUGUUUACAAGGCGACUCUGACCAGACACGAGCUGACUCAUUCAGGCGAGAGGCCGUACCUCUGCUCCGACUGCGGGAAGGGAUUCUUUUCCCACGCCGAGCUUCUGAAGCACGAGCGUUUCCACACGGGCCACAAGCCCUUCCAGUGCCCCCACUGUGGCAAGAAGUUCACUCAGUCUUGCUACCUGACCAUCCAUCUGCGCUACCACACCGGAGUCCGGCCGUACUCCUGCGACAACUGCGACAAGAGCUUCCUCAGUGCCAACCGCCUGAAACGACACCAGCGAACACAUUCGGGGGAAAAACCUUACCUGUGUGGGGAAUGUGGGAAGGGAUUCAGGCAGUCAUAUAAUCUGAAAAUGCAUCAACGAACACAUAUCAUAAAGUUAAGACUUGAACCUACUAACUAGAUUCAUAUUUUGGAAAUUUAAAUGGUCUUAGAUUAUAGAUUACUUUAGACUGGAACAGCUACUGUAGAUGGAUAAUUGUGACUAUCUCCUAUGCAAUUGCAGUGAACUGCAUCUAGCAUAGACACUUGUUCUAGCAAGAAAAGGUUCAUUUUCCAUUAUACUGAAUGCAUUUGAUUUCCAGGUUGUUUUGAUUAAAGCACACUGAGCAGAGAA